UUACAACCAACCCUUGUUUAAUACAGAUAUAGACCGAUUUCGCUUAUUUGCGUCCGCCAUGUUUGCUCCAAGAUCAUGUUCAAGUAUUGCAAUGCUAACGUUACUUACUGCCUGCUUUUUUUUAUUUUAGCGACCUUUGCCUCUCCCAUUGGGGCUGUUCACAACAACAUAUGGAAAUCCCGUGACACCGAGUCACUGAAAUAAAGGCUGAACUGAAGAACUAACUUUUUUUUUUUACAGUAAGACAGAAAAGAAAAGGACGACAUUAUUUACGUUUCUGACUGUCUCAACAGUCUAAACUAAAACAAAAAAAUAGGUUAUAGCACACACUAUUCUUGCAUCAUGCCAGACGGACUUGUUACAAGCAGGCAAAUUCAAAAUGUUAGCACAGGGAUCGACCUCCUUGUCCCCCUCUACCAGGAGGUCCGAGGAGCCAUGAUGACAGGCCAUGUUGAGUACCAGAUCGUGGUUGUCACCCGAUUGGCUGCAUUCAAGUCUGCAAAGCAUAAACAUGGAGAUGUAGUCCAGCUGGUGGUAUCCAAAAAGUUCAGUGAAAUUGAUGAGUUCUACCACAGGCUGGCAGGUCAGUACCCAAAGGUACCCCUCCCACCCAUGCCCAGGAAAACUCUGUUUGUGAGCGAGACAGACAUAAAGGAACGAAGAUCAGCCUUUGACGAGAUUGUGAGGUUUAUCUCCAAGGAUCAAACACUUGCUACAAGUCCUGAGUUACUUGAGUUUUUAGGUGCAAAGACUACAGAUGUUGCCGACUUCAAGACAAAAAAUGUACCUGAGGAGGAGGUGGAUGAGGAGGGAGACUCUUUUGAUUUCUUCCGUAAGGAAGAUGUCGCUGCCACUGAAGACGCCCUGCGGUUCAGGCCGUCAAAUCCUCCAAAACCAGCAGACGACCAGGAGAUGGAGGAAAGCGUUGAUCCGCUGGGCAUUAUCAGAUCAAAAAAGCCAAAAAAGCAUGUUGUUGCUACUGCUGCUGCCGAAAAGGUGAAGCCGAAAUUAUCAUUGUUUGAAGAAGAGGUGGAUCCAGAUGAUGACUUGUUUGAACCAGUAAAAAGAUCUGCACCAACAAAAAAUGUCACAGCUGUAAAAGGGACUGUUUUGAAGUUAUUUGAAGACUCUGACCUUGGCGGGGCAGUGCAGUUAGGAGACUCCCUCUUGCUCCCCACAGCCUACACAAGGACAAGUGUAGAAUCCACUGCAGGGCUGGAUGAAGACACAGAGGAGCUCUUAAGGGUAGAAGACGACUUUGAUAAACUCCUCACUGUGAGCACAAGUGCAAAACCAAAACCUAAACCUAAAAUGCUGCCUAAACCUAAACCAGCACUGCCAAAGAAGCCAGCGUCUCUGUCAAAGAGCAGUCCCAGCCUGGAAUCAGCCCCUCCUCACAGACCAGCCGAGACAACAGCAGAUAACAUGGACGAGAUGGACAUCUUGAAAUACAUCCAACAGAACGAGUCUGUGGGCAGUGACUCACUGGAUUUGUUUUCAUAAGGAUUAGUACUCUAAAUUAUCAAAUACAAACACACAGGUUUACAGCUUGUGUUAUGAGAGAGUGUUUUGACCAGCGUCCUAAACAUAGUUGAACAUAGCAACGGAUUGUGAAACACAAUAUUAUGAAGAUGUAGAGGAUAGCGUGAUGGAAAGGAGUUGAAUACAGUGUUCAACGGGUGACUGGGUUAUCCAGGCAGGCUUGUCAUGCCUUCUGUUUAUCAUCACCUAUCCUUUCCAUUAUGGCGUUAAUACUGUAGUUAUGCAAAAUUUAAAGUAAGUAGUGGUGAUUGGUGCAAGUAUCAUUGGACAAUGUAGUUUUCUUUUUAAUGCUGUGGUGUUUCACAGUCAUGUUCAGAUUCAUUCUAAAAUAGGAUUCAUUGAUAUUUUAAUACAUUCUUAUAUUAUUCCUCUUCCCUUAACCUGCUUGCCGCUAUUUAACUCUUCCAGCUGCUCACAGCCAUCUGAGUUUAUGAAUCUAGAAGCUUAGUUAUACUAAAGAUACUUUUAUAAAGGUGAUUGUCCACAUGAUAUUUGUGUUCUGCUGGUAUUGUAUGGUGCAUUGACUUUAUGAAGUUCUGUUAAAAUAUGAAGUACAGUACAGGAAUAUAUACUGUAUACAGAUUUAACUCUGCUAUACUGACAAGCAAAAAUUAAUUCAAACAAAUACUGGAUGUCAUAAACCUAAAAGAAAAGCAACACUGAUUUAGAAGAAUUGAUUAACGAUUAUUGUAACUCCUGCACAUGAAGCAGAACACACUGUCAAACCCUUUAUUCCAGUGAGGCUUUAUUAUCUUCUAUUGUAGCCUCUGCUUGGCAGACUGAUACCAGGCUGGCCUCCUCAUGCUGUAGAUAGGCUCCUCCCAGAUUGAUAGCUCCUCCCAGACUGAUAGCUCCUCCCAGAUUGAUAGCUCCUCCCAGACUGACAUGCAGGGCUGCUUCUCGCAUUGAGUCACCAUGAAACAAACCACUGUACAAAACUUCUGUUCUCUGUUUGUAUUACAACUAAAAUUCUGUAUCUGGUUUGGAUCUGCUGAAUUGUACAGCUAAAGCCAAAUGUUUUGCAUCACCAAAAUUUUAGGAUUGAGACAUAAUUUAAAAAAUAAAAACUAUAUAAACAUAAUUUAGAUAUUUUAUUUAACACCGUGUAAUCAAAGAAAGUACAAAAUGAUAUUGCAAAAGUCUACCAGAAGCCAUAACAGUAGUACAGUAUUCCAUGUUAGAUCUCAAAAUGUCACAUUUUUCAUUUGUUGUCCAUUUUUCAGUUAAGUAUAUGGAAAACUACAAAGCAGUAUAAAAUUCAAUACGUUAACAUAACAUUAUUCAACAGGUUUCAUUCGACUUUAUAAAGCAAAAUGAGUCAAUUCUACAGGGUGAUGCAAAACCUUUGGCCAUAGUACCACAUGUCCUUGUUUCUGCUCUUUAAAGCAUAUCCCUGAAAACGGCCUUGUGUAAACUCCUGUGGGUUGUUUCAUCACUUCCAAUUGCAGCUUUCCAGCUGUCUUUUCUAUUUUGUGAAUAAGCGUUUUGUGUCCUGCCUGGUUUGACUUCCAGUAUACCUUUUCCAGCAUACCUUUACCUGUUAUCUUAAAAAUAAAGAGUAUUAUACAUA